UAUAAAAGUCUUUUAUUUGUUUCCGUAGGGAUCAGAACUAUUUCGCAUAUCAAAAUGCUUCUUGCCAGGACUUUUUUUGCAAUUUUGACACUCUGUGUGAUCGCGGCCUCAGCUUAUAAGGAAGAGCUACGGAAGACAAUGCAAGGAUGUAAAAAUGGCCAGGAAGUUACUGAUGCCGAAUUGGAAGAAUUCCUGAAACCGCUCAUUCCGACUACCACCGACGAAAAAUGCCUAAUGGCCUGCGUCUUCAAAGCCUUCAACGUUAUAAUUAACGGCACAUACGAUCCAAGGCUUGCCCUCGCUGUAUCCCAGGACCUGAUGAAGGACGACCCCGAGAAAGUGAAGAAGAUCAAGGAUAUCAUUGAACAUUGCGGAGAUGACGUGCCCAAAAAAAUGGACAACGAGUGCGACCUCGCUGGCGAGAUAAUGCAAUGCGUUGUAAAAUAUGAGAAGGCCAUGGGAUUGGCAUAAUUCUUUCCUAAACCGGAAGGAGAAUGUACUAUCACUGCUGGCAGAACACAUUAGAAAAACCUAUACUUUCUAGCUUCGUCAAAAAAAUGCUGGACAAACGUUUUUGAAAUAAAAAUAUUAGAUGUUAAAUAACCA